AUGACGGAAUACCUCGACAUCGGCAGCGAUCACCAGUUCCUCGUCCCCACGUCACCCUGGAUGCCAAGCGCAAUCAGCAGCAGCAGCAGCAGCGUCGGUGGUAGCGUCGUGGUCGACAACAGCUGGACCCUGGACGACUCGGCAAUCCCAUCGCUGCGUUUUCCCCAAAAGCUCUGGCGCAUUGUGAACGAGUGCAACAGCGGAGCCAUCACUUGGGGCUUGAGUGGUCAAACGGUCCGACUGAACUACAAGAGUUUUCAAAACGAGUACCUCUCGGCCGGCGCGUCGAUCUUCAAGACGAGCAACAUCGCGAGCUUCAUACGACAGCUGAACCUCUACGGCUUCCGCAAACUCGCCACCAACACUCGCGAUCCCUUCGGCCCCAUACCCACGGCUCAGGAGCAGGACAUCCACGAGUUCGUUCACGAGCACUUUCGCGAGGGCAGGUUGGACCUACUGUCCAGGGUGUGCCGGAAAACGGGGGUCAAGAAGACCGAAAGGUUACCCAGCCGGCGAAAGGGGGAGCUGCGGAAGAGAAACGAGCUGGAGACGGUGCACUACGUGGAGAAACGCUCGCGGCUACAAAUGUGUCGGGCUGCACUUACCGAGGCUUUGGAGGAAGCGACUUUGCUGUACAAACGAGAGAAAUUGUGGCUACAACUGGUGAAUGCAAAUAUUCUGAGCGAAUCGUUCCUCCCAAAAUACGAAACCCUAACGGUGGAUCAGAAUGUUGAAGUUGUCUUUCAGGAUGAUUUGUCAGUUUUGGGAGAUAAUUGUCAGAUUAUCGAAGACUCAUCAAGCAACAGUAUUGUUGAUAACGACGAAAAAAAUCAAUGGCAAGAAGUUUUAAGUUUAGAAAAUGGCGGUACUAUAUCAAUUUCAACGCCAUUUUUAUGA